AUGGGGGUUGCCGGCCUCCAGAACCCAAACAUCUUAGAUGAAUACAAAACCCUAAAAGAAAACUACGCAGACAAACUUAAACAGACCUCAACAGAAAGCUUUAGAUCAUUUUGCUCCCUCCAAACAAAAGAAAAUGUCUGGUCACUGACAAACAGACUAUUAAAAUCACGAGGAUUCAACCCACCACCUCAAACGUUACGCAGGAAAAAUAACACGUACACCACCACGGCACAAGAAACCGCGCAGGAAUUGCUUAAACACUUUUACCCAGACGACGGGCCCGACACCGAUCCUACACAUAUUCAAACUCGCGUCACGUCGAACAAUAUACCCAACACCCAAGAUGACCCAGAAUUUAGCCAGGAAGAGGUUCUAGAGACCCUCCGUCAAAUGAACCCUAAUAAGGCUCCAGGCCACGACCACCUUACGAGCGACAUAUGCUCGAUGGUUGCAAGCCAAUAUCCUGGAUUAAUCACUAACAUACUGAACCGAUGUCUUUCACUAGCAUAUUUCCCAAGUACAUGGAAGAAAACCAUUGUAAAAGUCAUCCCUAAACCAUCAAAAACUGACUACACCGAUCUAUCAGCCUAUCGCCCAAUUGGUCUUAUACCAGUAUUUGGAAAAACGCUAGAAAAACUCUUUACUAAACGGCUCGUAUACUCUUCACAGCGGCAAAAAACACUCAACACUGAACAAUACGGAUUCACCCAACAAACAGGUACAACACAAGCCAUUCUCUCGAUAAUUAAUAAAGUCAAAGCAGCUAAGCAAAAACAUCAAGAAGUAUCAGUAGUUUCACUCGAUAUAAAGGCGGCAUUCGAUAACGCGUGGUGGCCAGCUAUCCUUAGCGGUCUUAGGGACGUCGGAUGCCCCCUAAAUAUAUAUAAACUUAUUAAUAAUUAUCUCUCGGACCGCACCGUCAAUUUAACAAUAGGCGAACACACUACCAGCAAAACCAAUAACAAAGGCUGUAUACAGGGUUCGGCAUGUGGACCCGUUCUGUGGAAUAUUCUGAUCAAUAAAUUACUCAACACCAGAUUUCCGCCCGGGUGCCACCUACAAGCUUUCGCAGACGACGUAGUGCUGCUGGCCACAGCAUCAGACACAGACACUCUACAACGAAUCACGAACACUUCACUAGAUACCAUCUUUCAAUGGGGUAAAAGCGUAAAAUUAGAAUUCGGUCCAGAGAAAACACAAUUAAUUCACUUUUCAAAUAAAGCCCAAAAAACCCAAAUUAAAAUAAACAAUAUUACGUUAAAACCGGUAGAAACAAUAAAAUACUUAGGUGUCAUUAUUGAUCGCAGACUGACAUUUAAAAAUCACAUAAACUACAUCAUUCAAAAAUCACAAAACUUAUUUAACAAACUUUGCAAUUUUAUAAGACCCACUUGGGGCAUACAUUCUGAUAAUAUAAAAACAAUAUACCAUAUGGUCAUAGUCCCAACCAUCACAUACGCCGCGGGAGUCUGGGGCGACUCCGUAAAUAUAAAAACCUACAAAAACAAAAUCCUCUCAUUACAGCGAAUGUUUGCAAUCAAAGCCAUCCGCGGAUUCCGUACCAUCUCCCUAAACGCAGCCCUCGCGCUCGCAGAAUUUCUUCCAUUAGACAUAAAAAUAAAUGAAAUCCAAUGCAUCGAAAAAGCCCGCGUCGAGCACCAAACUCACUUAAUUCCAUCCGACAUCCCCAUCGAGACACCCACACACCCCUCACAACUCUUACACCCCUCGGUUCGCACAGGCAUCAGACACACAACAUAUAAAAACAACCUACACAAACACAUCAAACCCGCGCCCCACGACAUAUACACAGACGGAAGCAAACAAGAGAACGGAGAAACUGGAGCAGCAUUCAUUGUCCACUCGCCUAACACACACUUAACCAUACACACAUCAAAAAUUAAACUCCACCCCACGAGUAGCAUUUUUCAAGCCGAACUCCUCGCUAUUAAAGAGGCAUGCAAAUGGGCAACUAAAAAUAAUACCAGCUGCAUCAUACAUUCGGACUCACGAUCGGCACUGACGGCAUUAGAACAAAUAUCCAAUACCCACCCAUUAGUUAGCAGCAUACACCGGAUAUUACACCAAAACAAGCACACACAGAUACAGUUCAAAUGGGUUCGAGCCCAUACCGGUAUUGUAGGUAACGAGAAAGCAGAUGCCGCUGCUAAAGCAGCUUCCAAAGCCCAUAAGGCCCCUAAUUUCAUUAGUUGCCCCUUAUCACAUAUAAAACACAUUGCACGAUUAAAAUCCUACACCACUUGGGAAAAGAGGUACUUGGAGGAGCCCACGGGGGCAAGAACCAGCUUCCCUCCAGGGAGUCCGGGUUCGGCAGCCUCGCCGGGGAUCGCCCUCGGACGGGGGCAUCGGGGACGGAAGAGCGGGUCGCGGCAGAAGUGGACGGAACCACCCUACCUGGACCCUUUGGUCCCUUCUUCUUCGCCGCCGCAGCGGCCGCAGGAAGGUCCCUGCCUCUUCCGUCUGCCGCCAAUGGCGGCCUGA